AUGAGAACUCGUCGGAGCAUUUUCCGUCAAUCGGACGACGAUGAAAACUCCAGCAGCUCGACUUUCAUGAAUCCUUCAGCUCCCGAACCCAUGAAAUUUGACGGUGGACCAUCCUUUUCCGCCCAGAACCGUAUCAUCCAAGAUACCGAGGAUGAGGACUCUGAGACUGUUGAUCGAUCAUCUCAACCUGAGUCGAAUGCUGCAUCAAGUAAUGUUCUUGUGGUAAUUCCAGUCAAGAAAGAUGGUUCACCAAGUGAGAGUUCGCAUUAUUCUGUCGAAAGUCCGUUUCCUACUAGCACCAAUACUCCAGCGACUAGUGCAUGUGCAUCUGCUGAACCAGAUAAAACGGCUACUCGACCAAGAGUGAAUGUUGCAGAUCGUCUUCGAUUCCUACGUGAUCACGAACUAAACAAUCGUAACACCAGAAGCAGGAAACGAGCUUUGGAGGCUGAUGAUGCUUCUUUGGCUCAAUCCCUUCAAUUAAAAGAAUAUAACCAAUCCCAACAUCCAAAAAAGCAAAAGACUUCACUUGAAUCUGCUCUGGAGCCCGAUGGAUGGCUGUUCACUGAUUCUGAUUCUGACCUUUCUGAUCUGGAGGUUUCCGACCCCGAAUUCGAUCUGGGGGCUCCCGCUCUUGAGGUUUCCGACCCCGUGAUGCCAGAACUUCAGCUGCUAGAAACCCAGCCACUAUCCGAAAGCUGGGAGGAAAUGAAAAAGAAACGUCGAAAGCUUAAUGAUCGCCUGAACUUGGAGAGACACCACCCAGUGCUCAAGAACAUGUGGGAUGACUCGAAGACUGCUACUAUUGUCCCAGUCGCAGCCGAGCAGCCACAGUCUAUCACUAGAAAGUUGAAGCCCUUUCAGCUGGAAGGCUUGAACUGGAUGGUGCGACAAGAGAAAACUUGCUACAAAGGUGGCCUAUUAGGGGAUGAAAUGGGCAUGGGAAAGACGAUUCAAGCAGUUUCCCUGAUUAUGUCGGAUCACCCUCAGCCUCAACCAACUCUUGUGCUCGUACCUCCAGUUGCUCUCAUGCAGUGGGUUUCUGAAAUCAAGGAUUACACUGAUGGCAAGUUGAAAGUCCUUGUGUACCACAAUUCGGACCCGAAGGUCAAACGUCUUAAAAAGGCGGAUCUUCAGAAAUACGAUGUGAUUAUGAUCUCUUACUCGAGUUUGGAAUCGAUGUAUCGGAAACAAAACAAAGGAUUCGCUCGUGAAUCUGGGAUGGUGAAAGCAGACAGCGUCAUCCAUUCAGUCCACUAUCACCGAUUGAUUCUUGAUGAGGCUCAUAAUAUCAAACAACGUAACUCAAGUGUUGCCAAGGCCUGUUUCGCCGUGCAGGCUACCUAUAAAUGGUGUCUUUCUGGAACGCCCGUUCAAAACCGUAUCGGAGAGUUCUUUUCUCUCCUUCGAUUUUUGGAGAUCAAACCUCAUGCCAGCUACUUUUGCAAGAAUUGCGAUUGUACGCAACUGCAGUGGACAUCCGGUGGCAAAAACGGUCUUUGUACUAAUUGCAAUCAUUCGGCAUUCUGUCACAUCUCGAUCUUCAAUCGAGAAAUUCUUACUCCGAUUUCUAGCGGAGAUGGAGACGAGCGAAAGCAAGCGCUUGUAAAGCUCCGAUCCAUCACUGAUCGCAUCAUGCUUCGACGAUUGAAGCAAGAUUACACCUCUACUAUGGAGCUUCCUCCCAAGCGUAUUGUUAUUCAUCGUGAAUUCUUUGGGGAAAUUGAACAAGAUUUCUCUCGCAGUAUCAUGAGCAGUUCAACUCGCCAAUUUGAUACAUACGUUAGUCGGGGUGUCAUGCUGAAUAACUAUGCAAACAUCUUUGGUUUGAUCAUGCAGAUGCGGCAAGUAGCGAAUCACCCAGAUCUUCUUCUCCGACGAGAUGAGGCGCCGGGCAUUGUUCUCGUUUGCCGCGUCUGUGACGAGCCCGCAGAAGAUGCCAUCCGCUCAGGAUGCCGUCAUGACUUCUGCCGCAAAUGUGCGCAGGACUAUAUUGACUCCUUCGAGAAAGAUGUGGUUGUGGACUGUCCACAAUGUCACAUUACUCUCUCCAUAGAUAUGGAGCAGCCAUCUAUUGAGCAGAAGUCGGAAGAAUUUGUCAAGAAGAGUUCGAUUAUCAAUCGAAUUGACAUGAAGGACUGGACCUCAUCGACCAAGAUUGAAUUACUUCUCUACGAACUUUACCUCCAACGAAAGAAGAGCCAUACCCCCAAGUCCAUCAUUUUCUCCCAGUUCACUUCAAUGCUACAACUUGUGGAGUGGCGCUUGCGCCAGGCGGGGCUCAAUACGGUCAUGUUGGAUGGAUCAAUGACACCAGCACAGCGGCAGCAAUCGAUCGAUUACUUUAAAUCCAAUGUUGAUGUUGAGGUGUUCCUUGUCUCACUGAAGGCAGGCGGCGUAGCACUCAACUUGACUGAGGCAUCCCGAGUCUUUAUCGUGGACCCAUGGUGGAACCCAGCUGCAGAAUGGCAAAGUGCCGAUCGUAGCCAUCGUAUCGGCCAAAAUCGACCUUGUGUGAUUACUCGGCUCGUCAUUGAGGACUCGGUCGAGUCCCGAAUGGUGCAGCUUCAAGAGAAGAAGGCCAAUAUGAUCAGAGGAACUCUCAAUAAGGAUGACUCUCAAUGCCUGGAGAAGCUCACUCCUGAGGAUCUGCAGUUCCUCUUCCGAGGAAAUUAG